CCUCUCCCUCGCUACUCCCAGGGUCUUCUGUAGAGACAACUGAGGCUAGUCAGGCUACAAUAUCCUCGUCAGUCAAAACUUGGUAGCCCUCCUCUGCUUCCUGCUCGUCCAGCCAGUCCUUAACGUCGUCUAAGGAAGGGCCCACUUCACCACCUUGCUGUAGCUUAUUAUGAAAGUCCUUGGGCUCAAACCCGUCAAAAUCGGCUGUGACGUCAGUACCAAUCAACAACGGCUUCCACGAAUUGGCAAGAGAGAAAACUUUUAGUACAUCCCAACAGUAGGCAAAGUUGUAAAUUGCUGAUCUAAUUGUGUAAGCCUUGAUGUUUGCCAGUGUCCUAACCCCUCGAGUGUCCACUUCGUCCUCGUCCUCCAGCACAGCCAACACCUCCUACAAGUAGCGCCUGGUAUAAUGCCUCUUCAGUGCAGAAAUUACUCCCUGGUCCAUAGGCUGGAUGACUGAAGUGGUGUUAGGAGGGAGGUAGAGCACUCUGAUGCGACCAUCGUCACUUACAAGCUGUUCCUCACUAGGGUGGGCUGGCGCAUUGUCCAGGACCAGUACAGCUUUCACUUCUGGGGCGAUUUUAAGCACCUCAAUCUGGAAUUUCCUGACUGCGGGGAUGAAGUGCUUAUGGAACCACUCCAAGAAUAUGGCACUAGUGAACCAUGCCUUCUGUAUAAUAAGGGUCAGGCAUUCUGAAACAAUGGGCAUAGAUAUUGAUGCAGUUUUUAAAGAAAUUGGAGAAUUUGGGUCCUACCAAAGACGCAUAUACUUCCUCCUGUGCCUGCCAGCUAUAUUUGUGGGUGCUGGUAAUUUGGCCCAAGUCUUCAUUGCUGCUACUCCAAAAUACAGGUGUGUGGUGCCCCUGUGUGAUGCCAACAUAAGUAAUCCAUUAUACUACCAGCCAUUCCUCAACUUUACUAUCCCUUACAACAUAAAGGAUAAUUCUUGGGAUGGAUGUCAGAGAUAUCAGCGCCUCCAUAAUGAUCACUCCUGCAUACCAGAAGAUUUCAGUAAGAAUAUUACAGAGGAGUGCCGUGAAGGAAAAGCCUUUUCUACUGAUAUUUAUUCAUCAACAAUAGUGUCUGAGUUUAACUUGACGUGCAAUGCGGCAUGGAAAGCAGAGAUGUCUCAGACCAUUUAUUUUUCUGGUGUCAUGGUUGGCUCCUUCCUCUUUGGGAUUGUGGGAGACUUAAUUGGCCGCAAAAAGACGUUAAUGAUUGCAGUUUUAUGCAUGACUGUUUCUGGCACUGUGUGUGCUCUUGUGGCUGCAUUACCAACCCUCUUCUCCUGCCGCUUUUUCAAUGCCAUGAUGACUACUGGUGUAUUCCAGAUUGCAUUUUUAUUGGGAGUGGAGCUGGUGGGCCCUACCAUGAGAUUACCAUGUGGAAUAGUAAUUGAGUAUUUCUAUGCUCUUGGGGAGGUAUUCCUGAGCUUGAUCUCUUGGUGGGCAAAGGACUGGAGGAUGAUUCAACUUAUUAUCUCAGGACCUGUAUCCUUCUUUGUGUUAUAUUGGUGGUUGAUUCCAGAAUCUCCACGCUGGCUUCAGGCAAAAGGAAAGCAUCAAAAAGUCUCAGCUUUGCUGAAGAAAAUUGCUGAGAAAAAUCAUAAGGAUAUUGACCCUAUUCUACAAAGAUUGGAGAAUGCUUCCACUGAAGAGGAAAACAGAAGCAUAACAACUGAAGUAAAUACUGCAACAAAAGUUACCUUAUUGGAUGUUGUGAAGUCUCCUUUGUUGUGUGUAAGGAUGUUCUCCAUGUUUUUUGUUUGGACAGCAACAACACUUGUAUACUAUGGAUUGUCUCUUAAUGCUACAUCAUUCAGCAAUGGCAAAGAAGACUUUGGGCCAUUUAUCGAUUUUAUCUUUUCUGCUUUGAUGGAGUUUCCAGGUUACACACUAGCAUGGCUUGGCAUGAAUUAUAUGGGCCGUAAAACCUCAUUGGCUCUCUCUAUGACUUUUGCAGGAAUUUUAUGCUCUGGAGCAGGUUUUUCUCAAGAGUACAACACCGAUUAUUUGCUGGUUUUGACACUUAUGGGCAAAUGUUUCAUCACUUCUAGCUUUGGAAUAAUCUAUGUGUUCACUCCGGAGAUGUGCCCUACUAGUGUCCGCAGCACAAUAUUGGGCAUGUGUUCCACCUUUUCCCGCAUAGGAAGUAUGCUUGCACCUUUUUCCAAACAGCUGGAACUUGUAUAUGGACCACUACCCUUGCUCUUGUUUGGAGGGUUGUCUCUAGUGGCAGUAACUUUGAUCUUGGUGAUGCCUGAGACACAUAAAACUGAACUACCUGACACUAUAGAAGAGGCACUCAACUUAGGAAGAACCCAAAUUGUGCAACUUCCAGUAGAGGAGGAGGAGGAACAACACCUUCUAGCUGAAGACCAAGAAGUAAUAUGAAUCUGACUAAAGCAAAAACUUUUACAUAAGCCAAAGAAGUAGACCAGCUAUAUUUUUACUAUGAAAAUGUUUUAUAAACAAAUGUACUAUAUAUUAUCCUCAGAUUUUAUUUUAUGUUUUUGUUUAUUUAUUUAUAUGUAGUAACCCUCCAGACUUCAAACUCCUCAGGCCUAGUACAAUUCAGUCUCCAAUAAAAAAAAAUCUUUAAAUAAUGUCACCAGAGGUCAACCAAAAAUUGAACUUUGACUGGCCAACAGAGCUCAAGAAGUAUCGGUUGCAUGUCUCUGUUUUGGUCAGGCAUAGUCACCAUGGUUAAGUUGAUCAUCAGUACCAUAAUUAAAAACAAAGAUGUUAUCAAAGCAACCGAUCUUGCCAAACAAUCUUUUUAGUGUCUAAUCAAAGACUCCAUCACUGGAGUCCAAACUGGUUGGGACCGCAAGGUUUGUUGUGGUCUAUAUGUAGGGUGAUGUAGGCAAACACCAACCUAUUAGUUGAAAAGCCUGCAUAAAAUUCCAUUUUGUACCUGAGAGAAUGCAAACUGUGAUCAAAACAAAUAACACAACAUGGCUCACCUAUGGUAUAUGCAUAAAUCCUCAAUUCAGAAAAUAAAUGUCAUAUUUUGCACUUCAAAAUUUUUUGGGACUUCAGUCAGUGUUCCCCCAAUGCGGGGGAAUCUGUUGCUUGCAUGUUGUUCACUGAAGAUUGGCAUUAUGUUGAUGGUGAGAGCAUUUGGUCGGUGUUUACCUACAUCACCCUAUAUGUAACUAUGUACCAGUAAUUCCCUCACCACCAUUUAUGUGUGCUAUAAAACUCACCACCACAAGAUGAAUAAAUGCAAUUUUAGUUCAAUUUUUAUUUACUUAGGUAAGAAGCUGAGGUGUUGGAACAGAUUAAAAUUAUUUACACAUUUCCUUUGGGGAAAACAGUUUCAGAUCUCGACUAAUUUAGUCCUGGAACAGCCUAAUGGAAUGCAUUGUGCUCAAGGACUGAGGGUCCACUGUAUUGAAUUUAAUUUAUUUUUUUAUUUAUUUAUUGUUUUUAAAAAUUUUUCCAUGUAAAGGGAAAAGAUUAUAUUGAUUUGAAUUCCUUAAUUAGAACAGGACAGGAUAUUCAAGAAAUGAAAACUGUGACACUAUUAGGUGUCAUGUAGUAGGUUCAAGUUUGAUAAAGUUAGACUAGUAAGGGAACUAAGCAGACUAAAAGAUAACUGAAAUAUACUCAGUAAGGUUGUUAAUGCCACAUCUGAAGGAGAUUCUAAAGAAGAUUAGAUAGGUAGAUUUAUAUAUAAGAAUAAUCAGUAGGGAUAUACAUAUGUUUCAUACAGUGACUGCCGCAUGUAAGUUUACUAAUUGGCAAAUCUGUUGCUUUUUGCAUCCAACUUUGUCUAGAAUUUUUUGCAUACACAAUCUCAUCAAAUCCUUUCCAAGCUGUUAUACUUCUAUAUGGGAUACCAUGUUUCCUGAAAUGUCUUCUGGAUGUACUCCUUUUUAGUUUCUUAUUAUGUCCUCUUCUAUCACUUUUCUUAUCGCUAAAUCUUCUCUAUCAAUCAUCUCCAUUCCCUCUUGGAUUCUGUACAUAGCUAUUAAAUCUCCUCUCUGGUUACUUUUUCCACCGUUACCAAUACCACUUACCUCAAUAUAUCUUCAUAUAGGAGAUUGCUUAGUCUUGUUGUUAUUUUUGUUGCUGGUCUCUGUAUCCUUUCCAAUUUUCUACUUUCUUUCUUCAGUCUUGGUGACCAUAAUAUUACUGCAUAUUGUAGUCUUGGUCUUUUCAUCAAUGUUAUUAAUUUCUUGAUCACAUCUUCAUCCAGGUAUGUGAAGGUUAUUCUUAUAUUUCUGAAUAAGUUAUUUGGUUUAUUCAUUUCUUUGCUGAUAACUAUUUGUCAUAAUAUUUACUUUCUCUCUCUCUCUCUCUCUCUCUCUCUCUCUCUCUCUCUCUCUCUCUCUCUCUCUCUCUCUCUCUCUCUCUCUCUCUCUCUCUCUCUCUCUCUCUCUCUCUCUCUCUCUCUCUCUCUCUCUCUCUCUCUCUCUAACAAACAAGUAAUUUCCUCUGAUUCUUUUGUUGCUCUUUCCAAAUUCCAUCAUGCCACACUUCUUCACACUGAAUUCUAUUUUCUAUUAGUUGUCCAAUCAUUUAAUUUGUCAUGGUCUUGUAAGGCAUCACAGUCUUAAUGAUUUGUCAAUCUCAUUAUUUUGGCUGCAUCUGCAAACAUAUUUACAUAGCCUACUAUGCCUCAGCCAUAUCAGUGACAUAUACUAUAAAGGUAAUUGGUGCCAAGACACAUCUUUGUGGGACUCUGCUUAUUACAUUUUUCAAAUUUUAUUUGUUAUUCUGAAUUAUUGUUCUUAUUUCUGUUACAUGAAAAGUCAUCUAUCCAUUUUUGAACGGAUAGAAGCUGUAGGAAGCUAGUAGACUUACAUUUAGCAGUUCAUGUUGGAAAUAACAUACAUGAUUUUUUCCUUCUCUAAAAAAAGUAUUCUUAAUGAUCUUAGAAUUUGACUUAUCUAUCCCUUGAGUUAGAUGACUGAAUACUCAUUUGCUUUGAUUCAGAAAUAUUUUGAUGUUUAUAAUUGAGUAUGUUUUUAUUAACCUCAGGUGUGAUGGGACUUUGAUAAAGCAAGAACUUUAUUAGAAUGCUUUUUCGUGAUUCAUGUACUCUUUUAUGUAAUAUUAUUUCUUUGUAAAUGUAACUCUUGGUUGA